AUGUCGACCCGCUCUGCCUGGCGAGCCUUGCACUACAGUGCUAAGCGCCGCACUUUCCAACCGGCCACUCCGUACCGCUGCUUCUCCUGCACCCGCCAGGCCUUCGACCAGGCUAAACCAGACCAUGAGCGCAUGACACACUUUGGCUUCACCAAUGUGCCCGAAUCCGAGAAGGAGUCGCGAGUCGGCGCCGUCUUCAGCUCCGUCGCCUCCUCAUACGAUAACAUGAACGACCUAAUGUCCCUGGGCAUCCACCGCCUCUGGAAAGACCACUUCGUGCGCUCCCUGAACCCAGGCACCCCCGUCGCCAACCGCCCAGCCAACGCCAAAGACCAAGGCUGGAACAUCCUCGACAUCGCCGGCGGGACCGGCGACAUCGCCUUCCGCAUGCUCGACCACGCAACCAACAUCAACCACGACCUGGAAACCCGCGUCACAAUCAGCGACAUCAACGCCGACAUGCUAGCCGAAGGCCGCAAGCGCUCCACCGCAACGCCCUACUACAACACGCCCCGUCUCUCCUUCGUCGAGGCCAACGCCGAACACAUGCCCCAUAUCCCCGACGCCUCGAUUGACCUGUACACCGUCGUUUUCGGAAUUCGAAACUUCACGGAUAAGCAGGCCGCAUUGAACGAGGCGUUCCGCGUGCUUAAGCCUGGCGGUGUUUUUGCUUGUAUGGAGUUUAGUAAGGUGGAGAAUCCGGUGUUUGAUGCUGUGUACAAGAGGUGGAAUUUUAGUGCUAUCCCCUUGAUUGGGCAGGUUGUCGCUGGGGAUCGGGAUAGUUAUCAAUAUCUCGUUGAGAGUAUUGAGCGGUUCCCCAGCCAGGAGGAGUUCCGGGGUAUGAUUCAAAAGGCUGGGUUUAUGAUUCCUGGUAAGGGAUAUGAGAAUCUGACUGGUGGUAUUGCUGCUAUUCACAAGGGUAUCAAGCCGGUUACUCAGGUUUGA